CAGUGCGUUUGAAGAAUGUUCAACAGCCCUUUGUAGGUAAACACUUUCGUUCGGUGUUUUGUGGUUCGUGGUUUUGGUUGCAAAACCAUUAUACAUUUGUCUUUAAAAUGAGCAACAUUUAUAUCCAAGAACCACCCACGGCAGGCAAGGUACUCCUGAAAACUACGGUAGGCGAUAUCGAUAUAGAGCUUUGGUCAAAGGAAUGUCCAUUGGCUUGCCGAAACUUUAUUCAACUAUGUCUGGAAGGGUACUACAAUGGGACGAUAUUUCAUCGUGUCGUCAAAGGUUUUAUCGUACAGGGAGGUGAUCCUAACGGAGAUGGGUCCGGAGGUGAAUCUGUGUAUGGACAUCCGUUUAAAGAUGAGUUCCAUUCACGGCUACGUUACGUUCGCCGGGGACUUGUUGGUAUGGCAAACUCCGGUAAAAACGAUAACGCUUCCCAGUUCUUCUUUACCUUGGGACCCACACCGGAACUGCAGAAUCAGAACACGAUCUUCGGGAAGGUCGCAGGCGACACGAUAUACAACAUGCUAAAGCUGGAGGAAGGUGAAGUUUUUGAAAAUGAACGCCCUCACUUUGAGCAUCGUAUCAUUCGUACCGAUGUGCUGAGUAACCCCUUCGAGGAUAUUGUCCCACGGCGACUGGCCGACGGGGAUAAAUCGAAACAUGACAGCGAGAAUGCGAAAAAGAAGAAAAAAGAGAAAGGCGUAAAAAACUUUGGACUGCUAUCGUUCGGCGAUGAGGCGGAAGAGGAAGAGCUGGAAACCAAAGUGUACGUGCAGAAGAUUGCACCGGGACGUGGAAAGUCCUCACACGAUGUACUGGAUGAUCCCAACCUGAGCAAGCAAACUAGUCUCGCUUCGACAAGUGAAGCAAAAAAGCGACGAGAUUCCGUAGACAGCAGUCAAGAACAUUCUCCGGCUGAUAAUGGUCAAGAGUCCGGUGAGGAUCGUUCGUCAUCGAAACGAUCUCAAAAGAAUGAUGUAAACAGCAUCCGCGAAAAGCUGAAGCGGAAACCAGACGAACCCAAGCGGAGUGAACAGCUAGCAUCGGACCAAGCAGAUGAAUCCGAUUCGGAUUCCGAUUGUGGACUGGGCAGCGACAGGAAGAAAGCAAAACAAGAGGAGGCGGAAAAAAUUCGGCAAGAAAUAAACAAACUCAAGCGAGACUUUCACUCGGACAAACGAGCCAAGGACAAGGAUAAGGAAAGCGAGCAAACUAAAACAUCCAAAAAGGCGUCCCGAAGCGAAGUCAUGAACGAGGUGUUGAGAGUGCAAGAAGAAUACUCGCAGAAAACGAAACAACUUCCCAAGAAAGGUAGUUCAAGAGAAAAUUUUACCAUGGAGCUGUUGCAAAAAUUUAAAACAAAGCUCCAUUCCGCUCACGAACGAGAUACGGAUACACCGGCCGGCAACACGACGACGGAACGCGACGAAGAGGAAGACAUUCGCGGAGACAAUUGGCUUGCACAUCGAUUGGAGUUUGAAAAGAAAGAUCCAAUAUUGGCAAAGGAUGCUGCUACAAAAGAUGACGACUGGUACGACGUUUACGAUCCUCGCAAUCCGCUCAACAAACGAAAGCGUGGAGAGAAGAUAGAUCGUUCGCAGAAGCCACGAAAGUAAAAGUAUGAUAUGUCGUUU